AUGUCAUUACCAUCAGUCUCGCCGCGUGCGCCACGGCGCAAGUCGGUAUCCCUGAUGGAGCGCAACAUGAACAGCUUUGACGACAACAUGACCAUGCCCGUCACCAACCGCGAGCGUACAAAGGGCAAGCGCGGCGUCUCAUUUGGCGGAGAAGCCCUCACUGCAAGCUUUGAUGGUGGAUUGAGCGAGGCCCAACAGCGUCGUCGCAAAAUGCAACCACGCAAGUCCAUCCUCAAGAUGGCAAUCGAUGACAGCCUCGACUCUUCGGGCCCUACAGACAAUUCCACAGCCCUUUUUACUGAGACAGUCGACUUUGGCGCCAUCUAUUCUCACAUGGACCCCUCGACUUCCACCUCAGCCCGUGCUCCGCGUCAGAGCAUGCCCGCUACCAGUGCCAGUGGCCGGCAGUCGCUGGGACCGCGGAGGAGGGUGAGCUUUGCGCCCUCAGCCCACGUUCGCAUGUUUGAGAACAAGGACAAGGAGAAGAAACCUCGUCGCAAGUCAUCCAUGGGCAUGGGUGCCCACUUUGCCCCUUCCGCCGCGAUUGUGAACAACACAACAUCACCAUCCAAGAGCCGCCAGUCGCUCCCCGUUGGCUCCUCCAGCCGCAGGUCAUCCAUCCAGGCCCAGCCACCUCACUCGUCUGCCCCUGUUAGCCCUGCACGCUACUUUGUGGGUGAAGGUGAAGGUGGUGGCGAAGAGUCAAUGGAGCUUGAGAGCGAGAGCGAUUUCAGCGACGACAGUGCCGACAUGGACGAGAUGGUUGACGACUUCCCCGAGCCCCAGCCGCGGCACCUGCCAGACGAAGGCAACGACUCGUACGCAACCGACAGCGACGCCGACACGGCCGGCGAGGAGGACAUGUCGCUCGAGAGCAACUUGAGUGUCGCAUCCAAUGACGAGGAGAAGACUAUGGACUUUACGGUCGCUCUCGGCGGCCCAAUGCCUCGUGUUGCUCCUCAAGGCGCCUUACGCUCUCGUGCCUCGAUCGGAUACUCCCACCCAUCUGCUCCUGGCGAAUCACCUCUGCUUCCCGGCGACGGCGAGGAGUCGGAGAUGGAGGAGACCGUGGCGUACGGCGGUGUCUAUGUCGACGAGAGCAUGAGCUCUGGCGAAGACACAAACAGCAGCGGCGAUCACGAACGUCACACUGCAACUUACAACUUCAAUACUGGCCGGUCCGGCAUGGAAUUUACGACGGCCGUGGGCGGUAUCAACCAUACUGCAGAGCACGACUACGACGACGACGGGAUGGACUUUACCACUGUCGGUGGUGGUAUCAACGACCAAACCCAAGGCAUGGACUUCACCGUGGCCGGUGGGGGAAUUGAAGCCGAUGAGAGCGGCAUGGCCAUGGCCACAGUUGGCGGCGGCAUCAACGACCAGACACAGGGCAUGGACUUUACGACUGUCGUUGGGGGCGUCAACUUUGCGACCGCCACCUAUUCGACCAACACCAACAUCUUUGCGCCUACGCCCCGCACAGAGCCAACGCAAACAAUGGCCACCAACAUCUUUGCCCCCCGGGAGUUGACACGCACCACCAAUAUCUUCGCCCAAGAGGGUACCGACUACCUUGGUACCUCAGGUUUCUCCUACCCAAUCCUCUCGCCAGCAAAGCCUGAGUCAGCAAGUGCUCCUACAGGCAUGUUGUCGGACAGUGACGAGACGAGACGCUUGCACACUUCCACUUCGGCGCCGAUUCGCACCACCCCCAAGGCGACACCGCGCAAGUCGACUUCCGGCAUGUCUGGUGGAACCCCGUCGUUUGCGCGCCCCACUACGUCCUCGGCACAGAAGAACAGGCCCUCACAGCUGCCUGUCCCGUCUACCAAGAAGAAGAACCCGUUCGCGCCGUCACCCGACACUCCUGGCCUGCAACGUUCCAAGAGCCGUACGCCGCGCAAAAGCGAUGCGGCCAUGGAGACUGCCGCCAGCGUCGCCAAGCGACUCAGUUUUGCCCCGUCUGCGCCCGACAACGCUUUUUCGUCCCCACCGUCCCUGGCUGCUUCCACCUCUGCACCUACCACCUCAACACCUCGCAAGCGUUCUCGUGAGGAAGAUGACGACCGUCCGGCCUCUGCCAAGCGUGCACACGUGAAGCACAACAUAUUUGCGGCUUCAGAGCCGGAGCCUGAAGUGGCACAGCCCGUUGCACCAGCGCCCCUCGAGGAGUUUGGAGCUGACGGUGAGGAUGAGGACAUGGAGCUCGAGGCCGAAGACAACAUGGAACUAGCUCAGGACGAAGUCGAAGACGAAGGCCAGGACGAGGGCCAGGAGGACGACGCAGAAGCUCACUACGAGAUCCGCGUCACGGAGCCGACCACCAGCCAUGAUGAGAUUGCCACCAACCCCGAGUUCCACUCUCCCGAACCCGAGCCCGAGCGCCCCCUUCCAGUGUUCACUGGCACCCCGCGCCGUUCCAUGGGCCUUGGUCCUGCUCGCCGGUCGAUGACCCCAAACAAGGCCGCCCUCAAAAGCCCUGCUCGUCGCAUCUCCUACUACCCUCCUCCGCCCGAGGAGGAGGAAGAGGAAGAGCCAUCCCAGGAGGAAGAAGAGGAAGACGCACCCAUCACGCUUCAUCAGUUCCUCUCCAUGGCCAACGUCCAGUUCCUCGAUGACCUUGCCGCCGCCCCGCGCCGCCGCAGUAGUGUCGGCUAUGGGUUGCUCGGCAGUGAGGACCGCGAGUACGCCCCAUCCGACUUUGCUGUGGCCAACACCGAGGCCAUCUUCGUCAACAUGUACAACUGGGCGAUUGAGAAGAUGAAGUCGGACAUUGCCGCGGGUCAGGAGGAGCUUGACACGACCGAAAAGCUUUGCAACGAGGAGAACCCUGUUGUCAUUCGCGAGUAUCUCGCUGCCAACGCCGAGGACCGUAAGCUCUUUGAGAGCACACUCCUCGAGUUCAAGAUCAACACCACGGGCCGGGCCAGGAGCCAGUGGUACGACUGGAAACUGUCGCUCAUGGAGAAGAUUAUGCCCGACGUGCGUGAAAUCCGCGACGAGAUGGCCGCCGAUGCCGCCCGCCACGCCCAAGACGACGCGUCGGCCAGUACACUCUUGCCGGACCUUCGGCGCAGGCACGACGAGCUCAAGUCCGAGCUGGCGCGUCACCGCGCGGCAGUCGUGGAGAUUGAAAAGUGCGACCAGGACGAGCUCCGUGAGCUGAAGGCGGCAGUGGUGGAACAAGAUGUGGAGAUUGAGCGUUUCACCGCCGAACGCGAUGACAAGGCCACCACCGUCACAAACCUGCAAAACAAGGCAGACAAGCUGGAAGACGAGAUCGCAUCGCACCGCUCGGCAAUUGAGCGCGCCCGCGCUGAGUGUGACGAGUCGACGCCGUCGGACGUGCUCCGCCUCCAGUCGGAGCUGGGUGCGUUGCAGGACCUCCAUGGUUGGCGCCUGGCACGUGCGACCCCGGUCGAGCUGGUGUUCGCCGACGAGCUCCUCCUCACCGUUCCACUGAUCAACAACGAGGCGCAUAUUCCCAGCUCGCAGCUCUCCCUCACAACCACCUCCACCGAUGGACCCAACGAGGGCCUGCUCGCCAUCACUCGUGCCGCCCUUGCAUCCCGCCCUUUGCCAGUAACGCUUCCGUCCCUCGUCCGCUCCAUCGGCCAGAUCUGGACAGCCGCCCGCCAUGUCCGUGACGAACUCAACCUCGUCAAACUCUACUACCCUAUCACGACCCGGAGCACCGACACGGCGCUCCUCGCGACGGCCGCGCUCAUGCUUCCAGCCCAGCGCGCACGCGUCCGUCUGAGCUUUGCUGUGGAGGCAAACACCCUCCUCGAGUGGCCUGCAGUCGGUGCUGUGGCCAACCUGGCCAUCAAGGUGGAGGCUGUGUAUGGUGCUGUCAACGUCAAGGCCCUCGCCGAGGCUGCGCGCGAGUGUCUCUCCCGUGCUGUGCCAGACGUUCCCGGCAUGCUAGUCGAGGCGUGCACCAGUGCGAUUGACGCCGCAUAA